AUGAGAAGGAGACAGGGAAGAAGAGGAAUGAGAAGGAGACAGGGAAGAAGAGGAAUGAGAAGGAGACAGGGAAGAAGAGGAAUGAGAAGGAGACAGGGAAGAAGAGGAAUGAGAAGGAGACAGGGAAGAAGAGGAAUGAGAAGGAGACAGGGAAAAAGAGGAAUGAGAAGGAGACAGGGAAGAAGAGGAAUGAGAAGGAGACAGGGAAGAAGAGGAAUGAGAAGGAGACAGGGAAGAAGAGGAAUGAGAAGGAAACAUGGAAGAGGAGGAAUGAGAAGGAAACAUGGAAGAGGAGGAAUGAGAAGGAAACAUGGAAGAGGAGGAAUGAGAAGGAGACAGGGAAGAAGAGAAAUGAGAAGGAGACAGGGAAGAAGAAGAAUGAGAAGGAGACAGGGAAGAAGAGGAAUGAGAAGGAGACAGGGAAGAAGAGGAAUGAGAAGGAGACAGGGAAGAAGAGGAAUGAGAAGGAGACAGGGAAGAAGAGGAAUGAGAAGGAGACAGGGAAGAAGAGGAAUAAGAAGGAGACAGGGAAAAAGAAGAAUGAAAAGAAGACAGGGAAGAAGAAGAAUGAGAAGGAGACAGGGAAGAAGAGGAAUGAAAAAAAGACAGGGAAGAAGAGGAAUGAGAAGGAGACAGGGAAGAAGAAGAAUGAAAAGAAGACAGGGAAGAAGAAGAAUGAGAAGGAGACAGGGAAGAAGAAGAAUGAGAAGGAGACAGGGAAGAAGAGGAAUGAGAAGGAGACAGGGAAGAAGAGGAAUGAGAAGGAGACAGGGAAGAAGAGGAAUGAGAAGGAGACAGGGAAGAAGAGGAAUGAGAAGGAGACAGGGAAGAAGAGGAAUGAGAAGGAAACAUGGAAGAGGAGGAAUGAGAAGGAGACAGGGAAGAAGAGGAAUGAGAAGGAGACAGGGAAAAAGAAGAAUGAAAAGAAGACAGGGAAGAAGAAGAAUGAGAAGGAGACAGGGAAGAAGAGGAAUGAGAAGGAGACAUCUCAUUUCGGCCGACUUUACGAUGACGCAUAUACGGAGUGACCGCAGUGAAGACUUGAUAAGAAGAAGUGCUAAAAAAAACAACAACAUGUGA